AUGUCGAGCUAUAACUCUUCUUCUUCGUCUUCUUCUCGGUGUAAAAGGCCGAGGACGAGCUCACUCCCUCUCGAGCUCCACCCCAACGUCCUCUCUCGCGUACCCACUAAAUCCCUCCCCAAGUUCAGGUCCGUCUGUAAAGAGUGGCGCGACAUCAUCGACGAUCCGCGCUUUGCCACCGUGCAUGCCGCCAGUGGCGUCGAAAGCCCCCGGAUUCUGCUGUUCUCACAGCCAAGCCUAGGCGCAGAGCCUCGAUUUGUAAUGGACGAAGAAUUCCUGGAGACUUCGCUCCCCAGAUUGGCCGGGGGGUUGUGGCACUGCGGAGCCAGAGCUUCGUGUCACGGGUUGCUUUGCUUUGACGACCUCCGCAAGGGCGAGACCUGUCUCCUCAACCCUCUGACCCGAGACGGCUUCUCCCUGUCCAGCGUCGCACCUUGCGAGCGGCCGCUCGGGUCCCACAUCGCCAUCGGGAUGGACCGCUUGACCAGCCGGUACAAGAUCCUGCGCGUGAGCUAUUUUCGCCGCGCAAUCGGCGCAAUUAGGGCAGAGGUCCUCGAUCAGGGCUCGCAGUCAUGGAGGGAAAUAGCGAGCGUCCCUCCCGGCGACAUCCUCGGAGACCCCGUGUUCGCCGCCGGAUCGAUCCACUGGAGUGUCGCCAGCAGAAACGACGCUCUCAGCAUCUCGUCAUUCGACCUCGCAAAGGAGGAGUUCGGGCCGACUCCGUGCCCAGAGAUUCAACACGCCCGCCUGGUGGACCUCGGGGGAGCUCUGGGGCUCGUCGACUGCUCACGCGAGGAGAGCCUGGACGUGUGGGUGAUGGAGGAGAGGGGGCGGUGGAAGAAGGAGUACAGUGUCCAGCAGAUCCCGCUGUUGCCGGUGAAUAAACACGGCUACCUUAGCGUUCUGGGCUGUGGUGGCCGGAAGAUUAUGGUCAACUACUUGGGGAGCUUCUGGUUCUAUGAUCCUGCGACUGACGAGGUGAAGCAUGUGCGGAGAGCCACCGACGCCGGAGGCAGCAUCACCCUGAGUUUGCUUUCGCCGACGAAGUUAUGGAAUGGUGGGGUUGCGGAAAUAAGCGCCGAUUAA